AUGGCAGACUCUGUGGAUCGCGUGUUCGUCCAUGCCUUAAAUACCGUCAAGAAAAUCCCCAAAACGGGGGCCUCACGUCCCCCGCCAUCCGACAGGCUGCGACUCUAUGGCCUCUACAAGCAAGCGAUGGAGGGGGACGUUGAUGGCGUCAUGGAGCGGCCGACCUCGGCUUCCGGCAUGCCAGCCGACGAGCUUCAGCGCGAGAAGGACAAGUGGGAUGCAUGGAACUCCCAGAAGGGCCUGAGCCGGACGGAAGCGAAGAGGAGGUAUAUCGAGGCAUUGAUCGAGACGAUGCACAAAUAUGCGACGACACCAGACGCCAAGGAACUUGUCGCGGAACUCGAAUUCGUAUGGAACCAGAUCAAGAAUAACAGCCCCAGCUCGACCGACUCUUCGCCGAAAGGCACGGGGUACACCGGCGAGUUGCGACAGUAUCAACAACCCUUGCCCGAAUCCGAAGGGCCGCUGAAGGUUCUAAGCCCUAUGAGCGAAGACGAUGCUGCCGAACGAGACUCGGUCGGAAAGAUAGUUUAUGACGAUGACGAAGAAGGGGAGGCUCUUGCGAGGAGCAGUAACUGGUCCCGAAGCGUGGAGCGAGCCCUGGAAAAGCUCUCGGCCGAAGUCGCGGCAUUGCGAGAGCAAAUCACAACAGGAAGGGAGUGGAAGUCGAAGAAAUCACGAAGCUUUCCUGCCUGGAUACGCUGGCUCACUUGGCUGAUAAUGAAACAUCUCGCCAUCGAUUUGGUUCUAUUGAGUUUCAUACUCCUGUGGAUGCGCAAGCGGAAGGAUCGGAGGUUGGAAGACUUGGUCCGGGCCGGGUUGAAGUUGAUGAGGGAGUACGUGAGGAAUAUCUUGCCAUCCAGAUGA